GACACAAAGGCGGGAGACCUCUCAACACUGGAGCAGCUCUCCAGUACGUGAGGGACAAUGUCUUUACUGCCUCCUCCGGAAGCAGACGCUUGGAAGGCGUUCCACAGCUACUGAUUCUGUUGAGUGGUGGAAGGUCCGUUGACAAUGUUGACACGCCAGCCUCUGCUCUGAAGGAGCUUGGGGUUUUGGUCUUUGGAAUUGGAACAAGGAGCUCUGAUAGCAGAGAAUUGCAGAGAAUAUCACAUGAUCCCAGUUACGCUCUGUCUGUCUCAGACUUUACUGACCUUCCGAGCAUCCAGCAGCAACUUCUGUCCUCGGUGGAGGCAGUGGUUAUUGAUGUUACUCCAGAAUCACCAACAGUUUUAGUUGAUCAUGACACCGCCAGAAAGGAUGUGGUAUUCCUUCUGGAUGGUUCUGAUGGCACAAGGAAUGGAUUCCCAGCAAUGCGUGAUUUUGUUCAGAGAGUAGUAGAGAAACUCAAUGUGGGAGGAGACAAAGACCGCGUUUCUGUAGUCCAGUACGGUAGAGAUCAAGAAGUUCAUUUCUAUCUGAACACAUACAGCACGAAGGGCGACAUUCUUGACAUCGUCAGAGGUCUGAGGCACAGAAGAGGUAGACCCCUCAACACUGGGGCAGCCCUCCAGUAUGUAAGGGACAACGUCUUUACUGCCUCCUCAGGAAGCAGAAGUCAAGAGGGUGUCCCUCAGAUGCUGAUACUGCUGAGUAGCGGGAGGUCCAAUGAUAACGUUGAUAUACCUGUUUCUGCCCUCAAAGAGAGCGGAGUCUUGAUCUUUGGCAUUGGAAACAGAAAUUCUAGCAAAGAGGUUCAAAGGAUUGCCUCUGACCCCAGUUUUUCCCAGUCUGUUUCUGAAUUCUCGGACCUCCCCAGCGUCCAGGAUAAGUUUUUCUCCUCACUCUUUACUGUACACGUUGGCGCCACAACAAUUUCCCCAACAGUCAUAGUGGACCUAAGCAUCGCCAGAAAGGAUGUAGUAUUCUUGCUGGAUGGUUCUGAUGGCACUAGGAAUGGCUUCCCAGAAAUGCGUGACUUUGUUCAAAGAGUAGUGGAGAAACUCACUGUAGGGGAGAACAGAGAUCGAGUCUCUGUGGUACAGUAUAGCAGAGAACCAGAGGUCCACUUCUAUCUGAACACUUACACAAGAAAAGAAGAGGUUGUUGACACCGUAAGAGGGCUGAAGCACAAAGGAGGGAGACCCCUCAACACUGGAGCAGCUCUCCAGUAUGUCAGGGACUACGUCUAUGCUGCCUCCUCUGGAAGUAGGCGACUUGAAAGUGUUCCACAGAUUCUAAUACUGAUAAAUGGUGGAAGGUCCUUUGACAAUGUAGAUGAACCCGCUUCUGCUCUCAAGGAGCUUGGUGUCUUGGUGUUUGGAAUUGGAACAAGGAGCUCUGAUAGCAGAGAGUUACAGAAGAUAUCCUAUGACCCCAGUUAUGCUCUCUCCGUGUCUGAAUUCACUGACCUCCCCAACAUCCAACAGCAGCUUCUUUCUGCCAUGAACACUGCCGUUAUACAGGACACAACCAUGCCACCAACACUAAUACCAACAAUACUAGUUGAGAGUCAGGCUCCCAGGAGGGAUGUUGUGUUCUUGCUGGAUGGUUCUGAUGGCACUAGGAGUGGAUUCCCAGCCAUGCGUGACUUUGUUCAAAGAGUGGUGGAGACACUCAGUGUGGAUGAGAACAAAGAUCGCGUUGCGGUGGUCCAGUACAGUAGAGAUCCAGCCGCCCAAUUCUAUCUGAACACAUACACAACAAGGGAGAGAUUCUCAACACUGUAAGAGGUCUGAGACACAAAGGCGGGAGACCUCUCAACACUGGAGCAGCUCUCCAGUACGUGAGGGACAAUGUCUUUACUGCCUCCUCCGGAAGCAGACGCUUGGAAGGCGUUCCACAGCUACUGAUUCUGUUGAGUGGUGGAAGGUCCGUUGACAAUGUUGACACGCCAGCCUCUGCUCUGAAGGAGCUUGGGGUUUUGGUCUUUGGAAUUGGAACAAGGAGCUCUGAUAGCAGAGAAUUGCAGAGAAUAUCACAUGAUCCCAGUUACGCUCUGUCUGUCUCAGACUUUACUGACCUUCCGAGCAUCCAGCAGCAACUUCUGUCCUCGGUGGAGGCAGUGGUUAUUGAUGUUACUCCAGAAUCACCAACAGUUUUAGUUGAUCAUGACACCGCCAGAAAGGAUGUGGUAUUCCUUCUGGAUGGUUCUGAUGGCACAAGGAAUGGAUUCCCAGCAAUGCGUGAUUUUGUUCAGAGAGUAGUAGAGAAACUCAAUGUGGGAGGAGACAAAGACCGCGUUUCUGUAGUCCAGUACGGUAGAGAUCAAGAAGUUCAUUUCUAUCUGAACACAUACAGCACGAAGGGCGACAUUCUUGACAUCGUCAGAGGUCUGAGGCACAGAAGAGGUAGACCCCUCAACACUGGGGCAGCCCUCCAGUAUGUAAGGGACAACGUCUUUACUGCCUCCUCAGGAAGCAGAAGUCAAGAGGGUGUCCCUCAGAUGCUGAUACUGCUGAGUAGCGGGAGGUCCAAUGAUAACGUUGAUAUACCUGUUUCUGCCCUCAAAGAGAGCGGAGUCUUGAUCUUUGGCAUUGGAAACAGAAAUUCUAGCAAAGAGGUUCAAAGGAUUGCCUCUGACCCCAGUUUUUCCCAGUCUGUUUCUGAAUUCUCGGACCUCCCCAGCGUCCAGGAUAAGUUUUUCUCCUCACUCUUUACUGUACACGUUGGCGCCACAACAAUUUCCCCAACAGUCAUAGUGGACCUAAGCAUCGCCAGAAAGGAUGUAGUAUUCUUGCUGGAUGGUUCUGAUGGCACUAGGAAUGGCUUCCCAGAAAUGCGUGACUUUGUUCAAAGAGUAGUGGAGAAACUCACUGUAGGGGAGAACAGAGAUCGAGUCUCUGUGGUACAGUAUAGCAGAGAACCAGAGGUCCACUUCUAUCUGAACACUUACACAAGAAAAGAAGAGGUUGUUGACACCGUAAGAGGGCUGAAGCACAAAGGAGGGAGACCCCUCAACACUGGAGCAGCUCUCCAGUAUGUCAGGGACUACGUCUAUGCUGCCUCCUCUGGAAGUAGGCGACUUGAAAGUGUUCCACAGAUUCUAAUACUGAUAAAUGGUGGAAGGUCCUUUGACAAUGUAGAUGAACCCGCUUCUGCUCUCAAGGAGCUUGGUGUCUUGGUGUUUGGAAUUGGAACAAGGAGCUCUGAUAGCAGAGAGUUACAGAAGAUAUCCUAUGACCCCAGUUAUGCUCUCUCCGUGUCUGAAUUCACUGACCUCCCCAACAUCCAACAGCAGCUUCUUUCUGCCAUGAACACUGCCGUUAUACAGGACACAACCAUGCCACCAACACUAAUACCAACAAUACUAGUUGAGAGUCAGGCUCCCAGGAGGGAUGUUGUGUUCUUGCUGGAUGGUUCUGAUGGCACUAGGAGUGGAUUCCCAGCCAUGCGUGACUUUGUUCAAAGAGUGGUGGAGACACUCAGUGUGGAUGAGAACAAAGAUCGCGUUGCGGUGGUCCAGUACAGUAGAGAUCCAGCCGCCCAAUUCUAUCUGAACACAUACACAACAAAGGGAGAGAUUCUCAACACUGUAAGAGGUCUGAGACACAAAGGCGGGAGACCUCUCAACACUGGAGCAGCUCUCCAGUACGUGAGGGACAAUGUCUUUACUGCCUCCUCCGGAAGCAGACGCUUGGAAGGCGUUCCACAGCUACUGAUUCUGUUGAGUGGUGGAAGGUCCGUUGACAAUGUUGACACGCCAGCCUCUGCUCUGAAGGAGCUUGGGGUUUUGGUCUUUGGAAUUGGAACAAGGAGCUCUGAUAGCAGAGAAUUGCAGAGAAUAUCACAUGAUCCCAGUUACGCUCUGUCUGUCUCAGACUUUACUGACCUUCCGAGCAUCCAGCAGCAACUUCUGUCCUCGGUGGAGGCAGUGGUUAUUGAUGUUACUCCAGAAUCACCAACAGUUUUAGUUGAUCAUGACACCGCCAGAAAGGAUGUGGUAUUCCUUCUGGAUGGUUCUGAUGGCACAAGGAAUGGAUUCCCAGCAAUGCGUGAUUUUGUUCAGAGAGUAGUAGAGAAACUCAAUGUGGGAGGAGACAAAGACCGCGUUUCUGUAGUCCAGUACGGUAGAGAUCAAGAAGUUCAUUUCUAUCUGAACACAUACAGCACGAAGGGCGACAUUCUUGACAUCGUCAGAGGUCUGAGGCACAGAAGAGGUAGACCCCUCAACACUGGGGCAGCCCUCCAGUAUGUAAGGGACAACGUCUUUACUGCCUCCUCAGGAAGCAGAAGUCAAGAGGGUGUCCCUCAGAUGCUGAUACUGCUGAGUAGCGGGAGGUCCAAUGAUAACGUUGAUAUACCUGUUUCUGCCCUCAAAGAGAGCGGAGUCUUGAUCUUUGGCAUUGGAAACAGAAAUUCUAGCAAAGAGGUUCAAAGGAUUGCCUCUGACCCCAGUUUUUCCCAGUCUGUUUCUGAAUUCUCGGACCUCCCCAGCGUCCAGGAUAAGUUUUUCUCCUCACUCUUUACUGUACACGUUGGCGCCACAACAAUUUCCCCAACAGUCAUAGUGGACCUAAGCAUCGCCAGAAAGGAUGUAGUAUUCUUGCUGGAUGGUUCUGAUGGCACUAGGAAUGGCUUCCCAGAAAUGCGUGACUUUGUUCAAAGAGUAGUGGAGAAACUCACUGUAGGGGAGAACAGAGAUCGAGUCUCUGUGGUACAGUAUAGCAGAGAACCAGAGGUCCACUUCUAUCUGAACACUUACACAAGAAAAGAAGAGGUUGUUGACACCGUAAGAGGGCUGAAGCACAAAGGAGGGAGACCCCUCAACACUGGAGCAGCUCUCCAGUAUGUCAGGGACUACGUCUAUGCUGCCUCCUCUGGAAGUAGGCGACUUGAAAGUGUUCCACAGAUUCUAAUACUGAUAAAUGGUGGAAGGUCCUUUGACAAUGUAGAUGAACCCGCUUCUGCUCUCAAGGAGCUUGGUGUCUUGGUGUUUGGAAUUGGAACAAGGAGCUCUGAUAGCAGAGAGUUACAGAAGAUAUCCUAUGACCCCAGUUAUGCUCUCUCCGUGUCUGAAUUCACUGACCUCCCCAACAUCCAACAGCAGCUUCUUUCUGCCAUGAACACUGCCGUUAUACAGGACACAACCAUGCCACCAACACUAAUACCAACAAUACUAGUUGAGAGUCAGGCUCCCAGGAGGGAUGUUGUGUUCUUGCUGGAUGGUUCUGAUGGCACUAGGAGUGGAUUCCCAGCCAUGCGUGACUUUGUUCAAAGAGUGGUGGAGACACUCAGUGUGGAUGAGAACAAAGAUCGCGUUGCGGUGGUCCAGUACAGUAGAGAUCCAGCCGCCCAAUUCUAUCUGAACACAUACACAACAAAGGGAGAGAUUCUCAACACUGUAAGAGGUCUGAGACACAAAGGCGGGAGACCUCUCAACACUGGAGCAGCUCUCCAGUACGUGAGGGACAAUGUCUUUACUGCCUCCUCCGGAAGCAGACGCUUGGAAGGCGUUCCACAGCUACUGAUUCUGUUGAGUGGUGGAAGGUCCGUUGACAAUGUUGACACGCCAGCCUCUGCUCUGAAGGAGCUUGGGGUUUUGGUCUUUGGAAUUGGAACAAGGAGCUCUGAUAGCAGAGAAUUGCAGAGAAUAUCACAUGAUCCCAGUUACGCUCUGUCUGUCUCAGACUUUACUGACCUUCCGAGCAUCCAGCAGCAACUUCUGUCCUCGGUGGAGGCAGUGGUUAUUGAUGUUACUCCAGAAUCACCAACAGUUUUAGGUAUGUGUUAUCACUGUGAAUUAAGAGUCAGGAUGUGUUAGCAAAAUGGCCACAGAGUUUUAGAAACGACUAUAUCAUUUGGCCAAAAACACCACAUUUGAUCAGUUUGAUUGACAUAAUCUAUUUAUUUUCUCAGUUGAUCAUGACACCGCCAGAAAGGAUGUGGUAUUCCUUCUGGAUGGUUCUGAUGGCACAAGGAAUGGAUUCCCAGCAAUGCGUGAUUUUGUUCAGAGAGUAGUAGAGAAACUCAAUGUGGGAGGAGACAAAGACCGCGUUUCUGUAGUCCAGUACGGUAGAGAUCAAGAAGUUCAUUUCUAUCUGAACACAUACAGCACGAAGGGCGACAUUCUUGACAUCGUCAGAGGUCUGAGGCACAGAAGAGGUAGACCC